AUGGCUUCAUCUGAUUCUUGGCUAGGUUUACGAAGUUUAUCGGCAAUUUUAAUGACACGUACAUCUUUUAAAGUGAAUGAAGAACAUUUAUAUAAUUUAGCAAUAAAAGCACGAUUAGAAAAUCGUGAAUGUGGAUAUCUUUCUCGUCGUGGUGGACAAGAUCCAUCAUCCUCACCAAAUAAAUGGCAAUUAAAAUGGUUUGUUUUAUAUCAAAAUUUACUUUUCUAUUAUGAAAAUGUAAAUUCAUCUAAACCACAAGGUGUCUAUUUCCUUGAGAGUUGUUAUUCAUCACGUUCACCAGCUAAAAACAGUAAAGAUGGAGAAAAAUUAAAUUGUUUCUCAAUAUCUUAUACACGUGAUGGUCGUAAUGCAAUUGAAUUUGCAGCUGAAUCCGAAAGUGAUUGUCAAGUAUGGAUUGAAUGCAUUCAAUCAUGCAGUUAUAAUCGUUUAUUAUCGGUUAAAGAAGAAAUUGAACAAAAAUAUUUACAUUUAUCUCAAGUUUAUGAAAGUGAAGCUAAAACAAAAUAUCAAUAUUUACAACAAGUUGAAGAACUUUCAGCUGAAGUUAGAGAAUUACGUCGUGAAUUAUCUCGUUAUCGACGACAACAUCAUUUAUUAAGAACAAAAAGUAUUGCGGAAGAAGAUUCAGCUGAAAUACGAAAAAUAAAAAAAGUUCAAAGUCUUUGUCGAGGUUGGUUAUAUAGACAACGAUGGAAACGAAUUGUUGAAGAAUAUAUACGUUCACCACAUGCUGAAUUAAUGCGUAAACGUAAUAAUAUCAUAUUUAAUUUGGUUGAAAGUGAACGAGAUUAUGUUCAUCAAUUAGAAAUACUUGUUGCUAAUUAUGUACGACCAUUUCGAAUGGCUGCUAGUUCAAAAAAACCAACAAUUACGCAUGAGGAUGUUAAUUCAAUAUUUCUUAAUACUGAAAUUAUUCUAUUUCUACAUCAAAUAUUCUAUAAAGGUCUAUCAAAAAAAUUAGAAAAUUGGCCAACAUUUUAUACCGGUGAUUUAUUCGAUAUGUUUAUAUCAAUGUUACAUAUUUAUUUAGAAUAUGUUCGAAAUCAUCAUUAUAGUUUACAAUGUUUAGUUGAAUGUAAACUAAGUAGUUCAGAGUUUAAUAAAUUUCUUGAACGAUGUGAAACAAAAGCAGCAUGUGAAGGAUUAACACUGGAUACACUUUUAGUAUUACCAAUGAAUCGAAUUCCAUAUUACAUAGUAACAUUGGCAAAUUGUUUAUCACAUACACCACAUGCACAUGUUGAAAGAGAAAAACUUGAACACACAAAGUCUAAAUUGGAAGAACUAUCAAAAAUUAUGCAUGAUGAAGUAUCAGAAACAGAACAUAUUCGUGCAAAUUUAGCUAUUGAACGAUCAAUUGCAGAAGGAUGUGAUGUAUUAUUGGAUGUCAAUCAAGUACUUUGUCGACAAGAUAGUCUUAUAUUAUUGAAUAAUGAUCGAAAUAAACCAAGUCUUGGACAACGAUUUACACCACGAGAUAUUCGUCGUAAUGAAGUUGUUGUACAAUGUUAUCUUUUUUCUAAUCAUCUUGUUACAACUACUCGAGCAUCGAAUGGAAAAUUACAUCUUGUUAAAGGUUGUGGUGUUAUUCCAUUAGCUGAUGUAACACUUGUUGAAGAUCUAGCAGCUGAUCCUCAACAUUUACUUGCAGCUGUAACUGAAGAAGAUAGUGUUGAUGAUACAAAUUCAAAUAUAACAGAUAGUAAAACUGGUGAAUACGAUAUAAAUUUUAAUCGAUUAUUUCGUUUAAUUGUUGAAUCACGUGAUCAAACAUCAUAUUCAGCAACAUUUGUUGCUAAUGAUGAUAAACAUAAAUCUGAAUGGUGUACUGAUAUAGCACAAUGUUUACAAAAUCUUCGUUAUACAGAAUUAGUUACAGGAUCAUUUCGUAAUGCAUCAUCUGUUAUGUCACCAGAAUCUGUCAAAUCUGAUCUUAAAUUAUAUAAAGAUGAUUCAGAAAUUAAAUAUUCUAAAACACUUGACUCAUGUAAAAUACCACAAAUUCGACAUGCAACUGUUGAACGUUUACUUGAACGUCUAACAGAUUUACGAUUUUUAUCAAUUGAUUUCUUAAAUACAUUUCUAUUGACUUAUCGUUUAUAUACAGAUGCAUACACGGUUAUGGAGACAUUAGUUCGUGUUUAUAAAUCAUCACCACAUACAUCACUUGAUCAUACAAAUGAUCUUGAUGGAACAACACAUAAAACAGAUGAAUUACAAAAAGAAAAAGUACAAAUCGUUGAUCAUGAUAAUGACAUAACACGACGUGUAUCAGAAGGCAUUGAUUCAUUAACAGUUGUUACUACACCUACGGCGGAACAAGAACGUGAACUAAGAAGACAUUCACAUAUUGGAACAUUUCGUCGAGCAUUAAGUAUUGAUCAAAACGAAGCAAUAAGCACAACAAAACAUACUGAAAAAAGAACAUUAACAAAAUGUAGUGAAGUAACUCCUGUAUUACCAACAACUCCAUCAAUUGAUACUGGAGAAUUAGUUGAUCCAUUACAUAAUACAUUAGCUCCACUUGCAUCAUCAGAAACAUUUUCUGAUGGUGUAUCAUUAUGCUUUGAUGAACAACAAAAAAAAGAUUCUUCAAAUAAUAAUAAUGAAGCAUUUAAUUCUGAUAAAAUAUCCAAACCAAAACAAAAAACAAAUGAUUACGAUUCUUUAGAAAUUCUUUUUGAUUUUCCAUCAUCGGAUUUAUCAAAUGAUCUUCGAGUUGAGAUUCCACGUUCACCGGAAACUCCUUCUCGAAUAAGAUUUUCUGAAAAUCUUCAAAUAAUUAAUAUAAAUAAAGAUGAAGUAAAAAAAUCUCUUCGUGUUGAAACAAGUGAUAGUCCAACAGUACCAAAAAGCCAACAACGAUUGAGAUUAGAUUCACAAGCAAAUCUAACAACGAAAGAAAAUGUUCAAUGGCUUUCAAAACGUCUUAGUGAAGUUCUUUCGUCACCACGACAAAGUUUACGAAAUGCAGCUGAAGGUUCAUUAAAAAAAGUUUUACCUGGUGUUGUUGUAACAUCAUCAAGAUCAUCUCGUCGACGAAUAAGUUCAGCAGCAGCUACACAAGCAUUUGCUGUUGCAACAUCAGGUGAAUCACCUAAAGGCAUGAGACAUGAACGAUUAGGAAGUAAUCCAGGUGGUGGUUCAGUUUCAACUCAAUCAGGAACUGCUAGUAGUUGUGUAGUACCAUUAAAUAAUAGAGAACAAAGAACAAAUGAAUAUAUUAUUGUUAAUACAGCUUCAACAAUGCGUGUUCUUAAUGUUCUUAGACAUUGGUUAACAAAACAUCCAUUAAUGGUUCUUGAACUUUUACAAGAUAUGUUAAUGAAUGAUUAUUUAAUUGCUGCUGAAAAUAAAGCAGCUGCUGCAAUUAUAAAACAAUUAGAAACAAGUGAAAUCGAUGAUCAAAAUGAACAAUUACGUAUACUUCUAAAUCCAACACAACCAUCAAAUGCAACAUUCGAACAAAUUGCUGUUUCAGAUCUUGCUGAACAAAUGACAUUAAUCGAUCAUAAACUUUUCUAUGCCUUAGGCAGCGAAGAAUUACUUCUAUUAGGUUGGAUGAAACCUGGACGAGAUGAUUUAGCACCAAAUGUAGCUCUUGUAUCUAAACGAUUUAAUGAAAUGUGUCGACUUGUUAUUACAGAAAUAUUAACGCAAUCAAAUGUUAAUGCUCGUGUUCAAUGUAUUGAAAAAUGGAGUACUGUUGCUGAUAUAUGUCGAUAUUUACGAAAUUUUAAUGGUGUACUUCAGAUAAUGGCUGCAUUUGUUAAUAGUUCAGUAUAUCGUUUAAAACAAACAUGGGAUCGUAUAUCAAAACAAAAUAAACAAGUUAUAAAUAAACUUCAAGCACUUGUUCAUUCUGAUGGAAAAUUUAAAAAUUUACGUGAUACAUUAACAAAAGUUGAUCCACCAUGUGUACCAUAUCUUGGUUUAUAUUUAUCAGAUUUAACAUUUAUUGAAGAAAGUUCACAAGAUAUAUCAGAUAAACAAUUAAUUAAUUUUUCAAAAAUGCGAAUGAAAACACAUAUUAUAAAUGAAAUACAUCGUUUUCAAUCGACAGCAUUCAAAAUUAAACAUAAUGCACGUGUAUGUGCUUAUUUAUUAGAUCAAUCAAGUCUAUUAAGUGAAGAUCAAUGUUAUAUUCUUUCAUUAAAACUUGAACCUCGUCCUUCUCGCGCAGGUUUAACGAAUCUUGGUGUAUAA